UGUACACAGCCUUGCUACCUAGUACCACGGCGUAAGUGGUAACGAUUGUUAUUACUUAUAACUGGCUCUUUGCAUACGAAGCCCUCUAUUUUCCGUUACUUUCCUCUUUAGGCCUUUCAUCACAGUUUCACACCCACCACAAGACCACCAUGAGGCUCCUUAAUUGCGAAACUAUGGUGAUGGAGGAGUUCUUUGAUGAAGAUAUUCCGCCAUAUGCCAUCCUAUCUCAUACCUGGGAUGGUAAAGAGGUUUCGUACCAGGAUUUCCACGACGUACAUCGCCGUAAGGGCAAGCGAGGGUUCAAAAAGAUUCAAGGCUUCUGCGCUAGGGCCAGAGGGAGAGGAUACAAAUGGGUGUGGAUAGACACGUGUUGUAUUGAUAAAAGCAGCAGCGCCGAGCUAUCCGAGGCAAUUAAUUCCAUGUUUCUAUGGUAUCAGGCGUCUCGCGAGUGCUUCGUUUACCUAUCGGAUGUGACGUGGAAGCCGGAUGAUGAGCAUAAACCAGGCCCGGACUGGACAAUAACUCGUUGGUUUACGAGAGGGUGGACGUUACAGGAGCUUUUAGCACCCUGGAAUUUGUGCUUCUACGACAGGAAUUGGGAGUUCAUUGGAUACAAGCACAGCCUUUCCGCGAGUAUCAGCGCUAUUACUAGUAUCCCCGAAGAAAUUCUCGUGUUUCCGUACAAAGUUGCAAACCUUCGGAGUACGCCAAUCGCACAACGUAUUUCAUGGGCAUCUAACCGUCGAACCUCGAGGAAAGAAGAUAUGGCGUACUGUUUACUCGGGUUGCUUGGGGUUAAUAUGCCUCUUUUAUAUGGCGAAGGCAAUCGGGCUUUCAUCCGACUCCAAGAAGAAAUAAUCAGGACCACAUACGACCAUACUAUCCUAUUAUGGGGUGUCACAGGCGUCCCAUGCUCCGGCUCGGAGCCUGAUUCUCAAGGUUGUCUCUCGACGUCCCCAUCCGCAUUUCGCUCAUGGAAUCCCAGAAUUUCAACUUACGCGAAAGGAAAUCAUUAUCUUCUAACGAAUCUUGGCAUCUAUAUCGAAUUGCGGAUGUGGCAGUUUGUAGCCAAUGGUAAAAAAUAUGGCCUCGCAUUUCUUGACUGUGGGAUCUCGGGUCCAGAUUCGGCCUUACCGUUGGAGUUGGAAUCACGCGAGGGCAGUGCUAUUCUUGCAACAAGAGCUCGAGGUAUAAUGCCCUUCGAAGUCAGUACGAUAAAAUUACCCACCAUCCCAACAAUCCCUCUAUAUCUUGCUUCGUCUCAGAAGUUCGGAUCGUCCGAGUUCCCCUUCCAGGCGAGGAUAUAUAUAGGUCAGCUUGCCAGCGUAGGCUAUUACCUUUCGGAUUAUUUCCCUCCCUGUCACUUAAGGUAUGAUAAUAAUGGAAAAGCCGCAUAUUUUACCGUUAUGGACACCUCAAACUACGACAGGCUGUUUCGUUUGUGUUGUCCAUCGCGGAAGACUAUUCUCUUACGGUUAAAACCAUCGGGCGACGAGAACUUCCUUAAAAGCAGGGCUUCGCUAUAUAUCGCAUCAACGACACUUAAUGAUACGACGUGGCAACUCCUCCUAGGAUCGCCGCCAGAACGUAUUAGUUUCACGCAUUUUGAUGCUCCGUACCGGCCGGAAAUUGUCUGGACGUGGAAAGGCUAUUUGGCCCGGCAUUUACCUCAGUUACAAGGAUAUCUCAACUUUACUGAUGGUGAAAUGGAAGUUCUCGGCCGUUCCUAGGGAAUCUGCGGAAUCUCGUUAACGAUGACCGGAAAAAGGUCGAUGGAAACCCGAGAUAAAAACCUAUGAUGCUAAAGGCGACAUCGAUGCAACAGAGCAACCCCCAUUAUAAGUAUGCUCUCAUCUUCCUGGUACGAAAAAAAAAAUUAGGCAACAUCAGUUCAAAGAAUUAUCAAUUUCAAGAAUAAUCAAGAUAGAAAACAAAAAUAAAACAAAAAUAAAACAGUA